CUCUCUCUCUCCUCCUCUCAGCAGCAGCAGCAGAGGCAGCAGCGUCAGUGUCAGUAUCGUCACCAUCAUCUUCAGGAUGGACGUCGUAAAUCAGCUCGUGGCUCAGGGUCAGUUCCGGCUCCUGAAGCUUCCACUGGGAUUCAUCAAGGUUCUACAAUGGUUCUUCUCCAUCUUUGCGUUCUCCACGUGUGGCAGUUACUCUGGGAUGUUCCGUGUGUCAGUGGAGUGUAAGAACAGAACGGACAGUGACCUCAGCAUCGAGGUGGAGUUUGCAUAUCCGUUCAGACUUCACCAGGUUUACUUCGACGCUCCGACCUGUAAGAGCGGGGAUAAGGAGCGUCUCUUCCUGGUCGGUGAUUACUCAUCCUCGGCCGAGUUCUUCGUCACCAUCGGCGUCUUUGCCUUCCUUUACUCCAUGGCGGCGAUCAGCAUCUACGUCUUCUUCUUUGACAAGUACAAGGAAAACAACAAGGGCCCGCUGAUUGAUCUGGGCGUGACUGGCGUCUUCGCCUUCAUGUGGCUGGUCAGUUCAGCGGCGUGGGCCAAAGGUCUGUCCGACGUGAAGACGGCGACGGAUCCAGACGAAGUCAUCACGCUGAUCUCGGCCUGCAAAUCAGAGGAGACCCGGUGUCGCGAAGUCCACGACCCGGUCAUGUCUGGACUCAACACCUCUGUUGCGUUUGGCUUCAUCAACCUGAUUCUGUGGACGGGAAACCUCUGGUUCGUCUUUAAGGAGACGGGUAUCAUCGCUCCCUUCAUGCGGGCUCCGCCCCCUCAGGACAAGCCUGCUGCACCAGAAGCCUACGCCCAGCAGGGGGCUUACGAACAAGACCCUUACGCCAGCAACCAGGGCGGAUACCAGCCGGAGUACAACCAGCAGGGAUACAACCAGGACGCAGAGUAUGGUCAGGGCUACGGCCAGCAGGGGGCGCCCACCUCCUUCUCCAACCAGAUGUGAAGUGACAGGAAGCAGGAAGCGUCGGAGUGAAGAGUGGGUCGCCUGCAACCUACCCACAAUGCAACACUCCUGUCCAUCUGCUGGGUGAGGGAGGGGAAUUUAGAUGUUGAUUUGUAAAUGAUCAAAAAUAGAAGUAACAACAACAACAACAACAUGGCUGACAGGAUGGUGUUAACUUCAUAUUACUCUGUGGACAGAAUGUAUGUUUGUGAUGUAUAGAUAUCACUUUGAACAGAUAUAUAUAAUAUAGGCUGAACAGUCUCUUCAACUCGUGGAUCCGCCCCCCUGUCGUAUGCCCCACCCCCUACAUGAACCAGCCAGAGUCAUAUCAGCCAAUCACAAAGCUGUUCAAACUGGGUUCACACUGAUCAAACCAAACCAGAUUCAGAACCAGAUUGGAACCAAAUGUAACCAGAUUACAGUGUUCUCACUGACAUCACGUCCCGGCUCUUUGUCUUGCUGCAUGUAAAUAUCUGACACAGGAAGUGAUGUCAUACCAGACACGCAGUAGAAGCCAGUUUGUAGUGACUCUGGCUGGAAACUGGAUCCAAAAUGGCUCCGUGUUUGCACUCUGUGUGUGUGUGUGUGUGUGGAGACGCUGCAGAAACACAGACACGACCCUGAACGACUGUUCACGCUAAGUAGCUAAGUAGUGUUUAUUUGUUGGUUCAGUUCAUUCCUGGAUUAAAAACAAGAACUGAAGUCUUUCCAGGAAGUGAGGAAAAAAACAACCUGACGUUAGCGGUACUACUGUUAGCUUAGCUGUGUCAAACGUCAGAGGACGUCAUUAGCUAGCAUUAGCUGGUGUUAGCAUGGGUUAGCUGGCGUUAGCUCACUGGUGCUAACAGUGUUUCUGUCAGUGUCUGUUUUUAUGACGUUUCUUCUUCUGCAUGAUGACGUGUACGUGUUUCCUGCUGCUGUUGAUCAUCAGUGUGAUUCUACUUCCUGUUUACCUGUACAGGUGUGUGUGUGUGCGCGUGCAUUACCUGUCCAUCACUCUGUUUUCUCUCUCUCUCUCUCUCUCUCUCUCCCUCCCUUUUCUUUCUUCUUCUCCCUGUUCCUCCUGUUGUUCUUCUCUGUGGCGCCCCCAUCUGCCUCUGUGAUGUAACUUCCUGUGUGAUGAUGAUGUUCUCCUCAGCAUCAGUAACUAUGACGAUGGCUCUGACAGUGAUGAUGAUGAUGUAUAAUUGUGUGACUUGUGGCCCCGCCCCCUUCUUGUGGUAUUCAGUGGAAAAUUUCAAUAAAAAGACAAACUGGUCUCUGA